AUGGCCUUAGUAAAUGAAAAAGGAAAACCUGAUAUUUUUCUAACUAUGACGUGUAAUCCCAAUUGGGUUGAAAUACAAGAAAACCUUUUACCUGGUCAACAAGCAUGUGACAGGCCUGAUCUUGUUGCACGUUUAUUUAAUUUGAAAAAAAAACGUUUGCUUGACUUAGUCAUAAAGAAAAAAUUAUUUGGAGAAGUAGCAGCUCAUGUAUACGUUAUUGAAUUUCAAAAAAGAGGCUUACCGCACAUGCAUUUACUAAUAACUCUAGCAAGAGGACAUAAAUGGACUACUGCAGAAAUUAUAGACAAAUUUAUAUCCGCAGAAAUUCCUAAUAAAUCCGAAAACCCACACCUGCAAGACCUUGUGAUAAAUCACAUGACACAUGGGCCCUGUGGAGACUGGUGCAUGAAGGAUGGAAAAUGCUCAAAAAAUUUUCCAAAGCAAUUUCAAAACGAAAUAACCUUGGAUGAAAAUGGUUAUCCACACUAUCGAAGACGAAAUGAUGGCGUUACUGUCAAUAAAACAAAUAAUCACGAAGUAGAUAAUCGUUGGGUGGUACCUUAUUGUGCAAUAUUAUUAGAAUUAUUUGAUUGUCAUAUUAACGUUGAAGCUGUAUCAAGCAUUUGCGCUGUAAAAUACUUAUAUAAAUACAUUUAUAAAGGCCAUGAUGCAGCAACAGUUGUAAUUCAAAAUUCUGAAAAUGGAACUGUGGUCAUACAUAAUGAAAUCUGUCAAUUUCUUGAUGCACGCUACGUUGGACCUGUUGAAGCGUGUUGGCGCAUGCUUAGCAAAACUUUACAAGAUAAAAGUCAUUCCAUUAUGAGAUUACCUGUACAUUUACCAAAUGAACAAAAUAUAUAUUUUUCUGAAUCAGUUUAUGAAUUUGUGAUGUUCGUAUCACUUAUAAAUAAAAAUAAUUUGAACUCUCGUAGUUUAGCUAAUGAGUAA